GAAAUUGCCACACAAAAAAAAAAGAAAGAAAAAAAAACAGUGCUUCAUUAUGUGGCACAUGUGAAAAUGACACAUUGAGAGCAGACACAGAGACAGAGACAGAGGCAGACACAGCGCAGUGCAACAGCGACACAAAUUAGCAGCUGAAUAGCGGUCACAGGACGACAUCUGAAAAAGCUGGAAUUGAAGCAGCAACCACAGCAGCAGCAGCAGCAGCGGCAGCAGCAGCGACAGCAGCAUCCGGGAGGGAGUUGGUGGUGCCACCAAAUGCUCAUUGAAAUUUACGAUUAUGCUGCGAAAUUAUUAAACAAUAUGACCGCAAGAACAGCAACAAUCAUUAAUAAUCUGGCCAACGGGACAACAGCAACAGCAACAACGACACCAACAGCAACAAAAACAGCAGCAGAAGCAGCUGCAGCCACGUCGCCCAUUCAAGUGGACAGGCCAAAUCCCAGGACGGCCACAAAUCUCACGUCCAAACUGCUGCAGGCAACCACCGGCAAUAUGAAAACGCUGCUCAACCGCACGCUGGCCACGAUUGCCGCCCAGCAUGCCACGUUGCCCACACUGCUGCUGCAUGGUGGUCUUGCCGCUGACGUCACCAGUGGGCAGCGCAUUAGGCAAAUGCCAUCCAUUGCGAACAACAGCAACGCCUCCAUCAGCAGCAACAGCAGCACCAUCCUAACCACCAGCGCCAACUACAGCGAUACUGGUGCAAUUCAGGAUGUGUACAAUGCAUUUAGCGGCACCUCCUCGUCGCCAUCAUUGUCCGUAUCCUCAUCUAAUCUGAGCGGUUUCAUCCAGUCCUCAACAACGGCAGCCAGCACAGUGUUGAGCAGCGCCAUCACCCAUUUGCCAACGGCGAGCAGCGGACCAGCAACCACAUUCCCAGCACAGACGAUGGCCACCUUUAUUGCAGCCGGCAACAAGAAUCGGGCUACCACCAUCAUUGUCUAUCCAACGGUUUCACCCGAAUCGAUUGUCAUACCGAUCGUUUCGUGCAUCUUUGGCUUUCCCAUCCUGGCGCUGAUCGUCAUCUGCUGCUUGAGGCGGCGGGCCAAGCUGGCCCGGGAGCGGGACAGGCGACGCAACUAUGAUAUGCAGGACCACGCUGUCAGCCUGGUCAGAUUUAGUCCAAUUCAUAGGCUUAAUUACCGAUCGUCGCGAGCUAUCAGUCUACGUCCUGAACGAAGCCUAAGCCAGGGCUUCACCUCGCUGGAGCUGGACACCGUGCUGGAGGAGCGCUGCAGCGAUGUGGAACAGACGCAAACCGAAAUCCUAAAUCCCGAAUCGCCCAUGGACACCAACUCCUCCUACAAGAUGUCCUUCUCAUCGAGCUAACAGUUAGCAGCAAAACAACAGCAGCAACAGCAAAAGCAGCAAAAGCAGCAGCAGCAGCCGCAGGAACAACAACAGCAACAGCAGCUGCAGCAGCCGACGACAACGAUGGCAACACGCUCUGCGCUCACGUCGCCGUCGACGUCAAUGUUAACGUUGUCGCCGUCGCUUCGCAAGGCGGGCAGCAUGCGUGAAUCGCACGAUCCGGCAGCACUGGCGAAGCGUCGCAGUCGUCUACUCGAGCUGCGCGCCGCCAGCACCAGCAGCAGCGGCAGCAGCAGUCAGGCAAGCGAAGCAGCAAUUGCUUUUGGCAUCGGUGGUGGUAAACGGGGCUCGAAACGUGACCGUCGACGUGGUGGCGCCGGUGCCGCCAGUGGCUCAACAGCGUCCACAAUGCGCAAAUCGCAGUCAUUGGACGCCGCGGAGAGUUAUUCGCUGUCCAGCAUUCAGUCGCCAUUGUGGGUAACGCUGACGAAUGCGCGCACCAUCGAGGAACUGGCACAGCAGAAAUUGUAGAUGGCGCCAACAAAAGAAGAACCCACCAAACCAAGCAAAGCAAAACAAAACACCCAACAGAUGUUGUAACAGCUGUUAACACUCCACAGCCCCCCUUCCAAAAAUGGCAUUACUCUAUAAUGGUGAAUUAAGCGAAAUCCAACGGUUUUUCUCAUAGCAUACACAAAUACAUACAUACAUACAUAGAUAAAUCCACCUUGUAAAUGUUUAAGUAAAUGUAACAGAAUAACGAGUAUACAAAACAAGUUACAACAUUAACAAAUGCAAAUAUUUCAAGUAUUGACCAAAUGUAGUCCAAAAAUAAAUCUGAAACA